AUGCUGCGCCUCUCGACCCUCGCGCUCGCCGCCGCCGCCGUCUCGGGCUUUGAGAUGACCUUCACCAACAAGUGCUCGUACACGAUCAACUUGAAGGCAGCGUUCGGCCGCUUCGUCUGCGACAUCGCGCCGGGCGCCGCCAACACGUGCACGCAGUACAUUGGCGCCGGCCAGCAAGGCAUCUUCAAGCACACGAGCGCUGACGAUGUCAACCUCAUCGAGUACUCGACCAUCAACAGCAACGGCAUGAACUUUGUGUGGUACGACGUGAGCAACAUCCCGCCCAUGCCCGGCAACUGCAACAGCUACGAGAACUGCAAGCAGGUCACGGGCAAGAAGGGCUUCAACGUGCCUGUGUACGUGACGCCCACGACGAACGCCGGCAGUGGCUCGUGCCGCGAGCUCCGCGUCACGGCGCCCGAUUCCGCCGACGCCUACUUGUUCCCGGCCGACAACACCAAGACGCACGCGUGCCCGAUGAACACCAAGUUUACGGUCACGUUCUGCCCCGAGGGCGGCAGCGGCGGCAACCCGAGCACGAGCUUCCAGAAGGUCGACAACACGGACUUCUACGGGAACGACAUUGGCCGCUUCCAGGUCUGGGGCGAUGCCAACGCCAAGGCCAGCGCGUGUGGCAGCGGCUGCAAGGCCAACGGUCAGUGCGUCGGCUUUGCGGUGAGCGGCGACUUUUGCUACUUGAAGAACGCGCUCGCCAACAAGUAUUGGAGCAACGGCGUGAUUGGCGGCAUCAUGAGCGGCAACGGCAAGUGCGCCGCGACGCAGUGGAACACGGACUUUUAUGGUAAUGACAUUGAGCGCAAGCAGGUCUGGGGCAACGCCGGCGAGCGCUCGGGCCAGUGCUGCAACCAUUGCAACGGCGUCGCCAACUGCGCCGGCUACACGGUCAACGGCGACUGGUGCUACCUCAAGUCGUCGGUCGGCUCGCCGUCGUGGAGCGGGAGUGCCUACUCGGGCCGCCGCGCGUCGGCGUAA